AUGUUCUCAUCACGCUGGUGCAGCGCACUUCGUCUCCGCCAACACACUCGCAUCCCGCGCACCCCGUCUCGACACGUCCCACAUUCACCAAGAGCCGGCCAUCAUGAAAAGUACCGUAAUUACUCCUCGGAGGCGUCUUCAUCAACCCCCACACCAUCUAUACCGCAACUCCGGAAGCUGAAGAACCCAUGGCUGGUAGUGGUGCCUACGUCGAUGCUCAUCCUCGGCGGCGCGGGCGUGCUCGCGUACAACUACAACCAGCCGUUUCGGCACACAGCGCUCGCGGUGGUGCGAUGUUCGAGGAUUGCAGAGGCCGCCGUGCUUGGUGCGGUCGACUACAAAAUGACGUUCGUGAAGACGUAUCCGUCAGAAGAAGGCCGCGCGGUCGCGGUGUCGGAAUGUCAUACGCGGAGUGCGCAGAGGGUCUUGAGGGCGCUGCUAGCGAAUGGAGGCAUAUUCAUCAAGCUCGGACAGCAUAUGGCAUCCAUAGCAGUCCUUCCCCGUGAAUGGACCUCGACCAUGCGGCCUCUCCAAGACCAGUGCGAACCGACGCCCUAUGCUGCACUGGACGAGAUGUUCACACAUGACAUCGGCGUGCCCAUCCACGAAUACUUUGCGGAGUUCGACGAACGGCCAAUUGGAGUCGCGAGCCUGGCACAAGUGCAUGUCGGACGACUACGUGGCUCUGGGGAGCGCGUCGCGGUCAAGAUGCAGCACCCGCACCUCGAAGAAUUCUGCGAGAUCGACAUGGAGAUGGUUGAGGUGUCGCUAGGGUGGAUCAAGCACAUAUUCCCGGACUUUGAGUUCACGUGGCUGGGCGAGGAGAUGCGCGAGAACCUGCCGAAGGAGAUGGACUUUGUGCACGAGAAGCUGAACGCGGAGCGCGCGGUCGCGGACUUUGAGAACGUCCGCACUUCCAUGCACAUUCCUAAGGUCAUAGAGGCGCAGAAACGUAUUCUCGUGAUGGAGUACAUCCAGGGCGGGCGAGUCGAUGACCUCGUUUACCUGUCGGAGAACAACAUCGACCGGAACAAGGUCGCUCUUGAGCUCGCGCGCAUCUUCUCCCAAAUGGUGCACAUCAACGGGUGGUUCCAUGCCGUGAGUCCCCAACCUUGGAAUCUUCUCAUCCGGCCUGCACCGCCGGGGUCCGGGUCCCCAUACAACUUCGAGAUCGUCCUCCUCGACCACGGCCUUUACUUUGACCUCGACCCCGCGCUGCGCAUCAACUACAGCAAGUGGUGGCUUGCACUCAUCGCGUCCGCGUCGCCCGAAACCCUCGCGGAUCGGCGCAAGUACGCGAUGCUGGUGGGCAACAUCGACGAAGAGCUCUACGCCGUGUUCGAGGCCGCGAUCACCGGUCGUGCAGCGCUGGAGGGCGCAUUUGGCGACGACGACGACAGCGAAGGGUCGUUCAGGCGUGGAGGGAGCAUAGUCGACCUCUCGGCGCAGACGGAAGAGGAGAUGGAGGCGAUCCGGAACGCGGUCGUGCAGCGCGAGGGGCUGCUGAUGUCGGUGUUCGACGUGCUGAGGAGGGUACCACGGAGGGUGCUGAUGGUGCUGAAGCUGAACGACUUGACGAGGAGCUUGGACCGAGCAUUGGCGACGACGCAUUCCAAUAUUCGGAUAUUCCUCAUCACGGCGAAGUACUGCACGUUUGCCGUGUGGGUAGAUGAGAGCCAGCGACUAGUCUCAGAGAUCAAGCACAAGGGUCUGUCGGCGAUGUCCCUCGGCUUGUUAUGGGAUUAUUUCUGGGUGUGGUGGCGGUACGAGAGGAUGUAUCGUUCUAUCGAGUUCGCAGAGUGGAUGAUAGACACGGGGGCGCGGCUUGUUACCGCGAAAGCCUGGAUGCGCGGUCUGUUCACGGUUGGGGGCUUGCAAGGUGCGCACCAGGCUGCUGCUGGACUCGCAUAA